AUGAGAAACCACCACCCUCCUCACUCAAAACCGGGUCAUACCCAACCCGAUGAUGACCCGGAGUCAGCCCGGCCACCAACCGUCUCCGCCAACAUGGCCCUCUCCACCGCCGCUGGUCUCCGUAAGAAGGCAGCGGGAGUCCGUCCCUGGCUACUUCUUGAUUCGAGUGGGCAGGCCCAGGUAGUGGAAGCCGGAAAGCACGCCAUCAUGCGGCGCACGGGGCUGCCGGCACGAGACCUUCGGAUCCUGGAUCCGCAACUGUCGUACCCUUCAACUGUGUUGGGCCGUGAACGGGCUAUUGUUAUUAAUUUGGAGCACAUCAAGGCUAUUAUUACUGCCCAGGAAGUUCUGUUGCUCAAUUCUAGAGACCCUUUUGUUGUUCCCUUUGUUGAGGAGUUACAGAGGAGGAUUUUGUGCCACUAUCAGGCCACUAAAGCUCAGGAGGGCACUGGAGAUGAUUCAAAAUGGAGAAAUUUAUAUGAUUUGGAAGAACCACAAUCAAGAGAUUCCAGUCCUCCAAAUUUUGCUGGAGGUUUUCCACAGUAUGAGGAUCAACACGAGGAAGUUAAGGCAGAUGGGAAACAAGGUCUUGAGAACCGGGAUGGAUCAAAGGUUCUUCCAUUUGAGUUUGUUGCCCUAGAAGCCUGCCUUGAGGCUGCUUGCAGUUGCUUAGAAAAUGAAGCAAAAACAUUGGAACUAGAAGCUCACCCGGCUUUAGAUAAGCUGACUUCAAAGAUCAGUACUCUCAAUUUGGAACGUGUCCGUCAAAUUAAGAGCCGCUUGGUUGCAAUAACUGGACGUGUUCAGAAGGUGAGGGAUGAAUUAGAACACUUGCUAGAUGAUGAUGAAGACAUGGCUGAGAUGUAUCUGACUGAGAAGUUGGUUCAACAACUUGAAAACUCCUCCACUUCUUCUAUGAAUGAGAGAGAUGACAUGGAUGAUGAAGUUCUUCAAUCAAAUAUGGAUGACAGGACUCCUGCUGAAUUAUCAGUGAAUGCUGCUGGGGGAUCCACUAGUUAUGAAGUUGAUCUUAACGCAGAGAACACCCAUGAGUUGUUUACUGCACAUAAUGUACUUGGCAGGGAAAGCCACGGGACUCGUACUAGUACCACUCACAGUGCUAUAAGCAAGCAACUUGAUGUUGAGGAGCUUGAAAUGCUCCUGGAGGCAUACUUUGUGCAGAUUGAUGGUACACUAAACAAGCUGUCUACGCUGAGGGAGUACGUAGAUGACACAGAAGACUACAUUAACAUAAUGCUGGAUGACAAACAGAAUCAUCUUUUGCAAAUGGGGGUCAUGCUAACAACUGCAACCCUUGUGGUGAGUGCGUUUGUUGUUGUGGCUGGUAUAUUUGGAAUGAAUAUCACCAUCGAGCUGUUUGACGAAAACAAAUCAGGCAUGCAAGAGUUUCUGUGGACUGUUGGUGGCGGCGCAACUGGGAGUAUAUUCCUAUAUGUAGUUGCUAUUGCCUGGUGCAAGCACAAGCGUCUGCUGGAGUGAAAGAAGGGUGAUUCUGUAUUGUUAAAGAAGCCAAUGGUUGGAAUUGUUUACAUGAAUGCAACUUUCCAAAACUUGAAGCUUCAUGCUGUGUUUGUGAAUAUUGUAAAUCUAUAUUAUAUGCUCUGAAUGCAGGAACAUUUGAUGUCUGCUUUUCCAGAUUUUAAUAGUGCAUACAUUUUGUAAAAUUAAA